AACCAAAACCAAGAGAAAAAAAGAAAAGAAAAGUGGUCCUAGCAUAGCAAUUUCCACCGGGUCCGUACCAAGUUCGUGGUCCCUCUCCGGUGACCUUAUUGGGCGUUUUGAUUUGAGAAAGAUUGUAGCUAAAUAGUAAUCACACCUUUUUGUUCACCCAUUCACAACCACCACUACUUGCAUUCUCUCUUAUCUAUAUAACCACCAUCUCCUCUCCCACUUCUUACCCACACCCAGAUUCCCUUUUAUAUUCCUUCGUCAAAUUUAAAACAAUCCACUACAAAAAUCUGAGAGAAGAAAAGAAAAAUAGAAAACCCCCAAAAGUUUCGGAAUCAAGAGAUAGCUUUCUCUCUUAUUUUCUUUCUAAGUAUCCAGAAGUUUAUUUGUGAUUUGGUGAAAAGGGUAGGAGUUAGUUUUUGUAAAAGAGAGGUGCUUUUUUCAGGGUAAUACCCAGGGUAGACAAGUUGUAGACAUCACGGCUAUACACGGAGUAACUCGGCCUCUAAUUCAUGUCCGUGCAGUACGACGUAAGGGUUGUGUAACCGAGAGCAGCAACCCUUCGCCGCACGGUGGACGUGGUGCUUUGCCUUCUGAAGGCGGUAGUCCUUCCGAUCUCCUUUUCCUAGCUGGUGGUGGUUCUGUCCUUUCCUUUGUUGCUUAGAGUAGUUUCUUUUUAUAUUUCUGCAUUCAAUAGCUGCAAGGAUAAUAUAUAAACAAAGGUGUUUGUUUAGAGGUAUUAGAUUUCUCUAUUAAGCAAAAUCUAUUGGGAAUUUCGAGAAUUUUCUUAAAGAUAAGAUGAGUAACAAAUUGAUGCUGAGUAUCAAGAGGGUUCCCACUGUUGUUUCCAAUUUCCAAAAAGACGAGGCCGAAGAUGGUGCUAAAAGGAGUGGGGGCUGUGGCCGUAAUUGCCUUCAGAAGUGUUGCAUUCAAGGCGCAAAGCUCCCUUUGUAUGCUUUCAAGAGAUUAAAUAAGAUUGUUUGCGAAAAGGAGGAGAUUGAACAUGAGAACAUUGAACCUCCUGUUGCAUUCCUUGACUCGCUCCUUCUUGGGGAGUGGGAGGAACGUAUGCAGAGAGGCCUUUUCCGUUAUGAUGUUACUGCCUGUGAAACCAAGGUGAUUCCUGGCCAGUAUGGUUUCAUUGCUCAGCUGAAUGAGGGCCGUCACUUGAAGAAGAGGCCAACUGAAUUUCGUGUUGACAAGGUCCUCCAGCCCUUUGAUGGGAACAAAUUCAACUUCACUAAAGUUGGCCAAGAAGAGGUGCUCUUCCAGUUUGAAGCAAGUGAGGACGAUGAUAUUCAGUUCUUCCCAAGUGCCCCUAUUGAUGUUGAGAAUUCUCCAAGUGUGGUUGCCAUUAAUGUUAGCCCUAUUGAGUAUGGGCAUGUUCUGUUGAUCCCACGUAUACUAGACUGCUUGCCACAGAGGAUCGACCGUGACAGCUUAUUGCUUGCACUUUACAUGGCAGCUGAAGCUGGGAAUCCAUACUUCCGUUUGGGUUACAACAGCUUGGGUGCAUUUGCUACCAUCAACCACCUUCACUUCCAGGCUUACUACUUGGCUGUGCAAUUUCCUAUUGAGAAGGCACCCACUAAGAAGAUUACCACUUUGGAUUGUGGGGUGAAAAUAGCUGAGCUUGUGAAUUACCCUGUCAGAGGACUUCUAUUUGAGGGUGGAAAUACUCUGCAAGAUUUAUCCAAUACCAUUUCCGAUGCUUGCAUCUGCCUUCAAGAUAACAACAUACCAUACAAUGUGCUCAUCUCUGAUUGUGGAAAGUGUGUCUUUCUCUUGCCACAGUGUUAUGCAGAGAAACAAGCUCUUGGGGAAGUGAGUGCUGAACUUCUUGAUACGCAAGUGAACCCAGCUGUGUGGGAAAUUAGUGGCCAUAUGGUGUUGAAAAGGAAGAAGGACUAUGAGGAGGCAUCUGAGGAGAAUGCUUGGAGGCUGCUCGCUGAGGUUUCUCUCUCUGAAGCAAGAUUCCAGGAAGUGAAUGCUCUCAUUUUCGAAGCCAUUUCUUAUGCUGGUAGUAGCAGUGAUAAUGAAGCUCAGAACAUGCUUGAAGACGAAGAUGUCAAUUCUGUUGGAGAAGUUGGUGCAAUUAACCAAAGCUCACACUGCACUAUGGUGACUGGGAAUCAAGAAUGCCUCGUUCAGCAGUAAAUUUGUCUGUGACUGUGAUGAGCAAACCAAUUGUGUUGGGUUCUUAUGAUUAAUCACAGAAGUGUGGAAGUGAAUCAGUAAACUACUGUUACUGCCUGAGUGAGCUUCUGGCAGUAGCCUAAAUAAGCAAAACUAGGUUUUGCAUUGUCAGUCUUGGUUUGCCUUCAUUCAGUACCAUUCAUAUUGGUGUAUUAAACAUAUCGGUCAUGUCAUUUCCUAUUUGUAUGUACUAUGUCAGGUUGUGUAAUAUUACGCUACGGAAUGUUUACUGUUAUCAGGCAGCUUAUGUAAAUAAUGCCCAUGUAUUGGUUUAUGCAUUUAUAUGAUUGACGACUUUAGGUGA